CAUGUACUCUUUACCUGCUUAUGCGUUUAUAGCGCAAGACUUUACUACUCAAGCUGCCUUAUAUACUCAUCAUCAAUAUAUAGCAGGCUUCAUUAUGACAGGGGCUUUUGCUCAUGGAGCUAUAUUUUUUAUUAGAGAUUAUAAUCCAGAGCAGAAUCAAGAUAAUGUCUUGGCAAGAAUGUUAGACCAUAAAGAAGCUAUCAUAUCCCACUUAAGUUGGGCUAGCCUCUUUCUGGGGUUCCAUACUCUGGGACUUUAUGUCCAUAACGAUGUCAUGCUUGCUUUUGGUACUCCGGAGAAACAAAUUUUGAUUGAACCUAUAUUUGCCCAAUGGAUACAAUCUGCUCAUGGUAAAACUUCCUAUGGGUUCGAUAUACUUUUAUCUUCAACGAACAGUCCGGCGUUCAAUGCGGGACGAAGCAUAUGGUUGCCUGGUUGGUUAAACGCUGUAAAUGAGAAUAGUAAUUCUCUAUUCUUAACAAUAGGGCCUGGAGACUUCUUGGUUCAUCAUGCUAUUGCUCUUGGUUUACAUACAACUACAUUGAUUUUAGUAAAAGGUGCUUUGGAUGCGCGUGGUUCUAAGUUAAUGCCUGAUAAAAAAGAUUUUGGUUAUAGUUUUCCUUGUGAUGGCCCGGGACGAGGCGGAACUUGUGAUAUUUCUGCUUGGGACGCAUUUUAUUUGGCAGUUUUCUGGAUGUUAAAUACCAUUGGAUGGGUUACUUUUUAUUGGCAUUGGAAACACAUUACACUAUGGCAGGGUAAUAUUUCACAGUUUAAUGAAUCUUCUACCUAUUUGAUGGGAUGGUUAAGAGAUUAUCUAUGGUUGAACUCUUCACAACUUAUCAAUGGAUAUAACCCUUUCGGUAUGAAUAGUUUAUCAGUCUGGGCAUGGAUGUUCUUGUUUGGACAUCUUGUUUGGGCUACUGGAUUUAUGUUCUUAAUUUCUUGGCGCGGAUAUUGGCAGGAAUUGAUUGAAACUUUGGCAUGGGCUCAUGAACGUACACCUUUGGCUAAUUUGAUUCGAUGGAGAGAUAAACCAGUGGCUCUUUCCAUUGUGCAAGCAAGAUUGGUUGGACUAGCCCACUUUUCCGUAGGUUAUAUAUUUACUUAUGCAGCCUUCUUAAUUGCCUCUACAUCGGGCAAAUUCGGUUAAUUGAAUUCUUUAUUAUAUAUAUAUAUCUGGCAAGAAUCUCAUUUCCUUCUAUAGGGAAGAGAAGCCACUUAUACAUCUAGGAUCCGACUUCUAUCAUUGAUGCUAAUAGCAAAUUAACCAUUAUGGCAAGGAAAAGUGUUAUUCAGAGGGAGAAGAAGAGACAAAAAUUGGAACAGAAAUAUCAUUUGAUUCGCCGAUCCUCAAAAAAAGAAAUAAGCAAAGUUCCGUCGUUAAGUGAUAAAUGGGAAAUUCAUGGAAAAUUAGAAUCACUACCGCGUAAUAGUGCACCUAUACGUCUUCAUCGACGUUGUUUUUCGACCGGAAGACCGAGAGCUAAUUAUCGAGACUUUGGAUUAUCUGGACACAUACUUCGGGAAAUGGUUCAUGCAUGUUUCUUGCCGGGUGCAACAAGAUCCAGUUGGUAAGGCAAUUAUCUUCAUUUUUUUCAUUUUAAUAUCAGCGAUCAUAGGAGGGUCCCUUUACCGUUAUGUAUAAAUGGUUUAUUCUAUUUAUAUAGAUAUGGUAAAGGGACGCAUUCAAUCUUUUUUUUUUCAUUAGUUAUCAAUUCUUUUCUUUAUCGCGGAGUAGAGCAACUUGGUAGCUCGCAAGGCUCAUAACCUUGAGGUUACGGGUUCAAAUCCCGUCUCCGCAACUUUUUUAAUUUUAUUUUUAUAAAAACAAGGUUUCAAGAAGGGCAUUAUACGCAGUAAAUUCUAUGGCAUUUUUCAAACUAUGACUAUUAAAUACAUAGGGCGGAUAGCGGGAAUCGAACCCGCGUCUUCUCCUUGGCAAAGAGAAAUUUUACCAUUCGACUAUAUCCGCGUUUUCAUUGUACUUGAUAUGCGAUUCUAUUUGUACAGAGAUGGGCCUGAUAUUCUAUUAGGGAUAAUUAAAAAGAAAUGUAUAUAAUAGAUAUUGUCUCUUGUCUCCAAAAUAAAAUAUUUUAAUAAUAUUCAUUUUGAUCAAGAAUUCCCAUUUCU